AUGAAGAGACAGAAUGAGACCAGAGUUUCUGAAUUCCUCCUCCAGGGUCUCCCUAUACCACCAGAACAACAGGGCUGGUUCUUGAUGCUCUUCCUGGUCAUGUACCUGACCACUGUGUUGGGGAACCUGCUUAUCAUCCUACUCAUCAGGAUAGACUCUCGCCUCCACACACCCAUGUACUUCUUCCUCAGUGUCUUGGCCUUCAACGAUGUGUUUUUAUCAACUGUCACGGUUCCCAAAAUGUUAGUGGACAUGCAGAGCAAUCGCAAGUCCAUCUGCUAUUCGGGGUGUGUUUCUCAGGUAUAUUUUUUACUAUUUUUUGUUUGUACCGACGAUUUCCUUCUUGCAGUGAUGGCCUAUGACAGGUAUGUAGCCAUCUGUCACCCACUCCACUACACCAUGAUCAUGAGGAAAGAACGAUGUAUCUCAUUAGUAGCUUGGUCCUGGCUCUUCAGUUUUUCACAUUCACUGAUGCACACCCUGCUCUCGAUCCAAGUGUCCUUCUGUGGUGAUAUCACCAUCCCGCACUUCUUCUGUGAACUAACAGCAUUGCUGGAGGUAAGCUGCUCAGACACUUCACUUAAUAAUCUGGUCAUAUUCAUUGAGGGAGGAAUGAUUGCAAUUAUUCCAUUCACUUUUAUUAUGGGAUCAUAUAUCUGCAUAUGGGCCACUGUUCUGAAAAAUCCUUCUGCUAAGAAAUUCUUCAAAGUUCUUUCUACCUGUGGUUCCCAUAUUCUUGUUGUAACUUUAUUCUAUGGGACCAUUGCAGAAGUGUACUUUUUCUCCUCACCAGCCAUGUCCAGUGCUAAAGAAAUAGCAGCUUCUGUGAUGUAUAUGAUAGUCACUCCCAUGCUGAACCCUUUUAUUUACAGCCUGAGAAACAGAGAUAUAAAACAAGCACUAAAGUUGUUUGCUAAUAAGAUAUGUUCUUUGCGUCAAACAACUUAG